UCUGUUUCUCUCCCUUCCCGCGCGAGGGUCACGGGAAGUGAGACAGCUUAGACCCAAGUGAGCACGGUACAACCGUACAGGUCUCGCCCAUGUCUCUCUCUCGCUCUCUCUUUCUCUCUGUGCGUGUAUGUGUGCUUUGUGUGUGCUGAGACGGUGGGUGGUGCGUGGUGUAUGUGUGGCGGAGAUGUGUCUCAGAUCAUCUUUACUCCUGGCACGCCCGCCCGCGCUCCCGAUCCAUAGGCCCGCACUUUUACGCAGAGGAGGGCAGGACAGACCAAGAAAGAAAGAACACAACCGAGGAACCGUCCAUCCCAAGACCAGAACAGACCAGACAAGAGGAGGCAUAUGAGACAUACUGAUCUCCACUCAUCCACAAGCGUCGCCCGAGCUGGACCAAAUAGUGGCCGCCUACAUGUUUCCCGCUCCUUGUCAGCUAAGGUCAGC